UGGGCGUGGAAUACUUCCCGGUAGAUAAGACCCACGCGGUCCUCAAGCAACAUUCACUAAUCGCAGGAGGAAAUUUGUAUGCAGUUGCCUUAAUUUUAGAAAGGUCUCCUGCCACGUUGCUGCUAGUUUUCAGACACGUUUUCCUUCGUUAAGUUUUAGGGGAAGAUUAAACGCGCGUCAUGGCCUCGACGGUAGACAUGAUAGAGAGCAGGAAGGAAUCCAACGGUGAGGCUCACCUCGACGAGCCCAUGCCCAACGGGCUGGACAGCCCCAAGAAGAGCACCCCGGAGACGUUGUCUCAGCGCGUGCUGAGGAUCGUCAAGGCCAACCUGCUGGUGAUUCUCACCGUGGCCGGGGUUAUCGUUGGUGUUUUUAUUGGACUUGGUGUGCGUAAUGUAACACUAACGAGAACCCAGGUGAUUUACAUCGGCUUCCCAGGUGAGAUUCUCAUCCGGUUGCUGAAGAUGAUCAUCAUUCCUCUGGUGGUCUGCAGCCUGGUGUCCGGAGCGGCCAGCAUCGACCCCAAAGCCCUGGGCAAACUCGGCGGCUUGGCUAUGCUCUUUUUCCUGAUCACCACCUUGAUUGCGUCCACGAUUGGGGUCGUGAUGGCUUUCAUCAUAUCGCCGGGGUCUGUGUCCGUCAACAAGCCGGCCUACUUGGAAGAAGACGUGCCUGCGCAUAAAGAAAUUAUAGACUCCUUCUUAGAUUUGAUAAGAAACAUCUUUCCCUCCAACCUCGUGUCUGCUGCUUUUCAGUCUUAUGCGACCUCCUAUAAGCUGAUGAAAAAGAAUGGCACAAAUGGAAUCGCCAAUAUCACGGUGGAGAAUGUGCCUUUUGGAACAGACCAGGAUGGCAUGAAUAUUCUUGGUCUCGUAGUGUUUGCCAUCGUGUUUGGGGUGGCUUUGCGGAAGCUGGGAGAGGAAGGAGAGAUCCUGAUCAAGUUCUUUAACGCCUUCAACGAGGCCACCAUGGUGCUGGUGUCCUGGAUCAUGUGGUAUGCCCCAAUCGGUAUCAUGUUCCUUGUAGCUGGGAAGAUUGUGGAAAUGGAAGAUGUUGCAAGCCUGUUUGCCAGUUUGGGAAAAUAUAUAGCCUGCUGCCUCAUUGGACAUGCUAUCCAUGGAGCACUUGUGUUGCCAGGCAUCUACUUUAUCAUUACAAGGAAGAACCCUUACACCUUCCUCUGGGGGAUAUUCACGGCUCUAGCCACAGCCUUUGGAACAAGCUCCAGCUCUGCCACGCUGCCUCUCAUGAUGAAGUGCGUGGAGGAAAAGAACGGCGUAUCCAAGCACAUCAGCCGCUUCAUCCUGCCCAUUGGAGCGACGGUCAACAUGGACGGUGCGGCUCUCUUUCAGUGCGUGGCCGCAGUUUUCAUUGCACAGCUGAACAACGUUUCCCUUAACUUCAUCCAAGUCAUUACCAUCCUUGUUACAGCUACAGCAUCCAGCGUUGGAGCAGCGGGAAUUCCUGCAGGCGGUGUUCUGACUUUAGCUAUUAUCCUGGAGGCAAUAGGACUCCCCACCAGCGACAUCUCUCUUAUCCUGGCUGUUGACUGGCUUGUCGAUCGUACCUGCACGGUGCUCAAUGUGGAGGGUGACGCUUUCGGCGCGGGGAUCUUGCAGUUCUUUGUGGACAGAGAUGCCAAACGAAACGGAGCAGAGCUGAGCGAGGUCCGGCUGGAGGCCGCCCCCGAGAGCUCGCCGCUCAUUAGUAAACGAAGCGAUGCUCAGAAAUCAGGGUCUGGUGAAAAAGAGUCAAGUAUGUAAUGUGACUGAUGACAUUUUCAAGGACUCCUGGCUCAGUUCUGAUACUUGUUUGAUAUUGUGGGGGGAGAAAAAGAAAACUGAGCAUCAAGCCCCUCAUUUCCGUUGUCUGCUCUGAAGAAAAGAGUAUAGAGAGAGACUAGACAAUGUCUCUGACUUCAACACUUUUCUGGAGGGGUAGCUGAAAACACACAUGGGGCGCAUUUAGCGACCUUUUCAAGAUGUUUUUUUAUUUUAUUUUCUUUCAUUGUGGGUGAGACUGUAUUGUACACUAGACUGGCUGCUUUAACUCCAGUCUGAUGUUGCACCCGAUUGGUCCUCAUCGUGUGUGUGUGUGUGUGUGUGUGUGUGUGUGUGUGUGUGUGUGU